AAGUGGAUCUUCAUCCAAACCAGUUAAGAUUCUGACAGUCUCGCGCGGUCAGAAUGUGGCCUUUUUCUAGGGCGAGUUCAGUACUGACUUGAAAUUCUGACUCUUUUGUGGCUCCAUUCUUACUGCGAUAUUUAGUCAAUGAUUUACAAUCUUUAUGCAUUUUUAUCAUCUGAGCUGCUGCUGCGGCUGUUCCAGAAACUAUAAAAUGCGACAUAGUGCGCCUUGUAUUCAGCUACAGGUGCAUUAAUAAGAUAUAAAAUUAACAACUUUCCAAAAAUGUCGCAAAAACCAAGUAUUGUGAUUAUUCCCGGCUCUUUCACUGGCCCGGACAUCUACAGCAACUUUGCUUCGUUGCUUCGAGGACGAGGUUAUGAAGUUAUUGUUGGUAUCCUGCAAUCGGCCAAUCGCACGCGGCCAGAAAAGGCAGCUACGUUGCAAGAAGAUGCAGCCUACUUUCGCGGUGUUGCAGAAACGCUAGCCAGUCAAGGCAAAGAUGUCGUCGUUGUAGGACACUCGUAUGGCGGUGUUGUAGCCACCGAGAGCGUCAAAGGAGUUAUUAAGACGGAACGUGAGGCUCAUGGGAAGGCGGGUGGCGUUGUAAGAGUAGUAUAUUUAGUGUCUGUUGUGGCAGACAUAGGGCAAGGCAAUUUCGAAGCUUUUGGUGGUCAGUUAGGACCAUUUAUUCGCAUCCUGCAAUCUUGGGUUGACAUUCCAUUCCCGAAGGGCGAAUUUAUGCACAUAGAUCCUGAAGCGGGCGCUCCUUCGCUUUACAGCGACCUGCCUGAAAAUGAAGCUUUGGAGUGGGCAAGACUCAGCAAGAUUCAGUCCACAGCGAGUUUCCUCGACCCCGUGACUUUUGCUGCCGUCGACUAUGUUCCAGUCACUUAUAUUCAUACGUCCACGGACAGAAUUAUCCCUCUGGAGAACCAGAAAGGGUUCGUCGCAAAACUCAAAAGUCGCAACGCCAAAAAUGUGUCCACGAUAACCAUCAACGCUGAUCAUUAUCCUAUUGUGACGGCCCCCGAGGAAACUGCCAAAGGAAUCAUUGACGCCAUUGAGGGUAAUUAA